AUGGCUCUCGUUGGGGACAAUGCAGAAAACCGGCCGGCGCAGGGCCAGGCAGCCGCACGGUAGUGCUGUCCCUGUGCUGCGUGCGGGGACACGUGGCUGACGCUGUUCCUCAUCUCCUCAGGGCCGCUGGCGAAGGCGCCGGACGGGAAGGAUGCCCAGGGCGGCCUGGCCCGGAGGCUGCUGCGGCCGCGGGGGGCACGGCGCGGGCCCGGCCUGCGGCCCGGGGCCUGGCGCAGGACCCGGCGGCCCCGGCCCCGGCUCAACCACAAGGGCCCCAUGCCGUUCUGA